AUGGAAAGACAGGCAGUGAUAGGAGAGGCUGACAUGCUGGAGACCAUGCAGCAAGAUGCACUCCGCUUGGCUGGGAAGGCCCUGGAUGAAUUUGAUGCCACAAACUCCACUCAGAUAGCUCAUUUCAUCAAGAAGGAAUUUGACAGGUCAUAUGGCCCAGGGUGGCAAUGUAUUGUGGGGACUGACUUUGGUUCUUUUGUGACGCACCACUCUGGCUGUUUCAUCUACUUCAGCAUAGGAAGCCUUGCUAUCUUGCUCUUCAGGGGUGGAGUGGCUCCUGAAUCAGAUAGAGCUCAGUUAUCAGCCACUGAUACAGUGAAAGCAUGA